GGCCUUUGCGGGGCCCAGCUUCCUCGUGCCUGUGAGGACACGUUCCUCCUGCCAUCAGCAGCCUGCAUAUGUGGAGCCUGCUUCCUUAUGUGUAAACACGGGCGUGUGUCGUGGUGGUGGUGCGCUGCGAGGGGGCGGCGAACGAGCCGGCCGCGCAGGUCCUGCGGCCUCAGGCCCCCGGUUGCCCAACACGCGCCGGGGGCGGGCCGCAGUCGUUGAUUAAAGGCCGCCUGGAGCAGCCUGUGCAGAGGCAGGUGCCAGCAGCCGGCAGCUCAGGACGCCAGCCAGCUCCUGCCCCAGCUUCAGGCCUCAUCUCUCCUGGGAGAAGACCACCAUGUCUGAGCUGCCCCGGGCCGAGACCUUUGUCUUUCUGGACCUGGAAGCCACUGGGCUCCCCAACACAGACCCAGAGAUUGCAGAGAUCUCCCUUUUUGCCGUGCACCGCUCGUCCCUGGAGAAUCCAGAACGUGGCGAGUCUGGAGCCCCCAUGCUCCCCCGCAUCCUGGACAAGCUCACACUGUGCAUGAGCCCACAGCGGCCCUUCACUGCCAAGGCCAGCGAGAUCACCGGCCUGAGCAGCGAAGGCCUGGCGCAGUGCCGGAAGGCUGGCUUUGAUGGUGCCGUGGUGCGGAGCCUGCAGGCCUUCCUGAGCCGCCAGGAGGGCCCUAUCUGCCUAGUGGCCCACAACGGCUUCGAUUACGACUUCCCCCUGCUAUGCACGGAGCUGCAGCGCCUGGGUGCCCACCUCCCCCAGGACACUGUCUGCCUGGACACGCUGCCAGCACUGCGGGGCCUGGACCGUGCCCAUAGCCACAGCACCCGGGCUCAGGGCCGCAAGGGCUACAGCCUGGGCAGCCUGUUCCACCGCUACUUCGGGGCUGAGCCGAGCGCUGCACACUCUGCUGAGGGCGACGUACACACGCUGCUGCUCGUCUUCCUCCACCGUGCCGCUGAGCUGCUUGCCUGGGCUGAUGAGCAGGCCCGCAGCUGGGCGCACAUUGAGCCCAUGUACACACCGCCCGACGGCCCACAUGCUGAGGCCUGAGCGUGUGCUUGGCUGCUUGCUUGCUCACCUGGCCCUGCUCAGUCCUGCAGCCAGCACAGACUGCAACCGUGCUGCACCUCUGCCCGGCCCUGCCCAGUGCAGAACCCUGGGCCCAUGCGCCUGCCCGGCCGCUGGCCUGCCCUACCUCUGGACAGCUUGUGAGCCUAGCAGUCUGUUCUUUCCAGCUCCCUCCCUCCCUGUUUCUCAAUAAAUAUCACCUAUUUCUCAGCAGCUGACUCACUGGCCAGACUCUUGG